AAUUGUAGUCUAGGUACAUGAGUGUUUACUUCCUGGUCGGCGUCAUCGCUAAAAAACGAGCGUGCGUCGACGUGAUGACGUCACAGAUCAGCGCCGCCAUAGUACGUACGAGCUGAAACGCUGGCAACGUUGGGAUGAAAUACACAACACGCCCACUCCUAAACUGCUUAUAUUUAUUAGAAAAAGAGUCGCCAUUAGCUGGUUUAACGCCGGGCUGAGACACGAAGUCGUCGUCGGGUUUGUUCGGAGUUUAGUGUGUGGCUGCGCGACUCCCAACAUUGCCAAUAUUGCUAUUGUUGAUGCUAGCAAUAGCGGCUGGUGCACUCUCCUCAUCAGCGCAUGCAGCAGAAUGGCGCCAGCGGCUCCAGCAUGUGUGAUGGCGGCAGGGAGCGACUGUCCCCCUCCAGGAGUUCCCUGCCCGCCGCCACUUCUCGGGUGAGACGCUUCAUCCAGGAGCGGCGGACGCUGCCGCUGCCCAGAGUGAUGGUGGUGUUUUCGGCCGCGGGUGACUCGGAGAAGCCGAGCGAUGCCACGGAGGCGGGCUCGCAGGGGACGGACGACGACGACUUCCGGAAGCCGGCGGCGAGCCUCGCCUGGAGCAAGCCCGCCCUCUCCCCGCCUGAGGCCGGACAGGAGCAGGAGUUCCCAGAGGUAAUCUCUCUGAAUGUGGGCGGCACCUUCUUCACCACCCGCCUGUCCACGCUGCGCCGCUACGACGACACCAUGCUGGCCGCCAUGUUCAGCGGGCGCCAUCAUAUCCCACGUGACGCCGAGGGGCGCUUCUUCAUCGAUCGGGAUGGCGCAUACUUUGGGGACAUCCUGAACUUCCUCCGUGAGGGCGAGCUGCCUCGCAGGGAGCGAGUGAGGGCGGUGCACAGGGAGGCGCAGUACUACUCCAUCGGACCCCUGCUGGACCACUUAGAGGACGCUCAGCCGCUCACAGGGGAGAAGGUGCGACAGGCCUUCCUUGACCUGCUGCCCUACUACAAAGACAAUCUGGAGCGCAUCGUGGAGAUCGCCAAGCUGAGGGCCAUGCAGAAGAAAGCGCGCUUCGCCAAGCUGAAGGUGUGCGUCUACAAGGAGGAGAUGCCCAUCACGCCGUACGAGCGGCCGCUCUUCAACUCGCUGCGCUUCGAGCGCUCGGACGGCGAGGCCAAGCUCUUCGAGCACCACUGCGAGGUGGACGUGUCCUUCGGGCCCUGGGAGGCGGUGGCCGACGUCUACGACCUGCUGCACUGCAUCGUGGGCGACCUGGCCGAGCGCGGCAUCGCCGCCGAGCAGCAGUGCAUCGGCGUGUGCGACAAGCACCUCAUCAACCACUACUACUGCAAGAGACCCAUCUACGAGUUCAAGAUCACCUGGUGGUGACGCCGCAAUGUUUCACCUUCAAAGUUGCCUGUCUCCAACUGUCACCUGCUUUUCUUGUCAUUCCAGCACGGCCUUUAUUACCUCAUCUGUUGUCCUCAAUACACUGCUGCUGGAGCCUAUCCCAGCUGAUUCUGAGGACAAGAGGCGGGGUUACACUCUGAACUGAUGGCUAGUCCGCACAACACACACACACACACUCUUAUAUAUAAUUUAUAUAUGUAUAAAUCUAUAUAUGUAUACAUCUAUUUAUACAUAUGUAUGUGUAUAUAUACAUGUAUGUAUGUAUAUAUCAGGGGUGUCCAAACUUUUUCCAGCGAGGGCCGCAUAAAUAUGGCACAUUUUGUACAUUAAAACCUCUAAAGGCCUUAGUGGCCACAUGUGUGGACAGCACCUUUUAGCUCUUAUUGCCAAAAUUGUGUACACUACUGAAUCGGGGUCUUAUGCCGACAUAUGGACACUUAUACUGCUAUCUGGUGGUGUCAGAAGAGUAUAACAUACAAUGGAAUUUGGAAAAAAAAGUGUAAAAAUUAAAAUUUGCAUGUCACUUCACAUGAAGUACACGUUUGUGUACUUAUGGACUAAGUACCGUAUUUUUCGGACUAUAAGUCGCAGUUUUUUACAUAGUUUGUCGGGGGGUGCG